AUGAGUAGUCGUGCUAUUGCGAUAAAGAUAGGAAGAUCAAAGACUGUAGUCCAAAAUUUUUUUACAUUGAAAGACAAUUAUGGUCAAAAGAAUACUGGGGUGAGACCUAAACCUUUCUCCUCGCGUGAAGAAAGAAGAGUUUGCCAACUUGUAUCUACAGGAAAGUACCCAAACAGGAAACUGAUUCCGACAACAGGUUUAAAAGUUUGUCAAAAAACGAUUUAUAACAGAAUUAGAAGGUCAGGAAGGUUUACUUAUACAGCAAAAUUGACUAAGCCUCAGUUACUGCAGAGACACAAAAUAGAGCGUUUGAACUUUGGCCAGAAAGUCAUGACCUGGGACAACCAAUGGAUAGAAAUUAUUUUUUCUGACGAAAAAAAUGGAAUUUGGAUGGACCAGAUGGCUGGAGUUUCUACUGGCAUGAUAUAA